AUGACGAUCGAUCAUAUGAAUUUGAUCAACGCGGCGAGCAUCGAGAUGGUGGAGAAGCUGGCGCUACCAAAGACACCACGUCCACAAUCGUACUUGUUCCGUUGGGGUCAUGAAGAGCUCACUGUCACGCACCAAACCAAGCCAUGGUACAAAGAGCAUGACGUUGCAUAUGAUUGCCAAACACACAAAUAUACCAUUAAAAAGGGUAAGAAGUGUGACCUCGUGCCCAUGGGCAAGGGGCGUUUUAUUGCAUGGAGAAAAGAACAUCAAGAUAAGAUAAAAGAGCAGGAAGAAGCAAAGAAGAAGAUGGUCGAAGCUGCUGAAAUUUUUGUGGUGACCGUUCAGUCUGAAGAUGGAAAUAUUGCUGAAAAAGAUGACCCAAAACCGAGGACGGACAAGCUGCAGAGCUUGGCGGGGCAGCAUGCGGACGUGCUCGAGUCGCUCUCGCCCAAUGUCAGGAGGCGUGUUGAGUUUCUGAGGGGCAUUCAGAGCCAACAUGAUGAGAUUGAGACGAAGUUUUUCGAGGAACGGGCUGCCCUUGAAGCCAAGUACCAGAAGCUGUAUGAACCAUUGUAUGCUAAGAGGUAUGACAUUGUAAAUGGAGUUGUGGAGGUUGAUGGUGUUGCUAAAGAACCUACCACUGAAAAUGCUGCCGAGGGGGAAGAUUCAGAUGCUAAAGGUGUCCCAGAUUUUUGGCUCACUGCUUUGAAAACAAAUGACGUGCUGACUGAGGAGAUCCAAGAGCGUGAUGAGCCUGUUUUGAAGUAUCUAAAGGAUAUCAAGUGGUCUAGAAUUGAUGACCCUAAGGGUUUCAAGCUUGAGUUUUUCUUUGAUACAAACCCUUUCUUCAAGAACUCUGUCCUAACAAAAUCCUAUCAUAUGGUUGAUGAGGAUGACCCAAUUUUGGAGAAAGCAAUCGGGACUGAAAUUGAGUGGUAUCCUGGGAAAAAUGUGACACAGAAGAUUCUAAAGAAGAAACCCAAGAAAGGUUCAAAGAACACCAAGCCUAUUACUAAAACUGAAGAGUGUGAGAGCUUCUUCAACUUUUUCAGCCCCCCACAAGUACCUGAGGAUGAUGAGGACAUUGAUGAAGAAGCCGCUGAUGAGCUUCAGGGUCAAAUGGAGCAUGAUUAUGACAUUGGGUCUACCAUAAGGGACAAGAUCAUCCCUCAUGCUGUUUCUUGGUUUACGGGCGAGGCUGUGCAAGCUGAAGAUUUUGAUGAUAUGGAAGAUGGUGACGAGGAUGACGACGAUGAGGAUGAUGAUGAUGAUGAAGAAGAUGAUGAGGAUGAGGACGAUGAUGAGGAUGAGGAUGAAGACGAGGAAGAGCUAAACAAGCCAACAAAGAAGGUGGCGGGCAAACCGAAGGGACCUUCAAAGGGUGGCGCACAAGGGAACGCCGAGCAACCGACUGAGUGCAAGCAGCAGUAG